GCCCGCCUUUUCCUUUUUAGAGCUAACCGGAAGGAAACAAAGCAGCCUGUAACGUGCCGUUAACUGUGCGGUUUGGAGCGUUUUUCUGGGGCUUCGGGAGACCCGAGCAGCGCCUGUGUAUCGGCGGAGCUCCGCGGCGAGGCUGGGAUUUAAGAAAAGCGGCGCAGUUCGCCGUGAUGAAGUGAGGCGGACCGUGAGGAUGGAGUGCAGCGCUGCUAGCAGCAUGGUGGCGCACCGAUCUGCAGAGAAAGAAAGCUCUGGCUCCGACGACGAGGAGUUCGUCCCGCUGUCAAAGCUCCUCAUGAGGCCACAGGAAGACCAGAAGAAGUCGUUUGCUAACUCUGAAGGCUCCAACACUGGUUCUAAGAAGAGUGGAGGUGUUUCUGGCGACUCCUCUGACGAGAAGCCGCAGAUGAAGAAGAAGAAAAAACCUGCAGGAUCGAAUAAAAAGGCGUCGACUCCUCCCCCAUCUGACGGCUCGGUGGAACGCCACUCAGAUCCAAACACAGGCAAUGAUUCUGACGACGAGCCUCUGGUGAAAAGCUCCAAGCCUUCUUCCAGGUCACCGAGGAAGAAGAAAAGCCCCGGGAGGAAGAAGAAACCUGCUGGAAGGAAGAAGGAAGCUUCAGAUGACUCCUCAGAUGAAGAGCCGCCAGUAGAGAAGAAAAAACCUCCCACUUCAGCAAAGAACCAAAAAGAAUCAACUCCUCCCAAAUCGGACGCCUCAGAAAACGGAAACUCAGAUCCAAACACAGGUGAUGAUUCUGACAACGAGCCUCUGGUGAAAACCUCCAAACCUUCACCGAGGAAGAAGCAAACCCCAGAGAGGAAGAAGAAACCUGCUGGGAGGAAGAAGAAAGCUUCAGAUGACGACUCUGAUGACGAACCACUGAUGAAGAAGAAAAAACCUGCAGCAAAAGACAAAAAGGUGUCGACUCCGCCCCCAUCUGACGAAUCAGCAGACAGAACCUCAGAUUCGAACACGGGUGACGACUCGGACUACAAGCCUGCAGCGAAAACCUCCAAACCUUCCUCCAGGUCACCGAGGAAGAAGAAAACCCCAGGGAGGAAGAAGAAACCUGCUGGUAGGAAGAAGAAAGUUGAAUCCUCCGAUGACGAACCGCUGAUAAAGAAGAAAAAACCUGCAGCAAAAAACAAAAAGGCGUCGACUUCUCAAUCUGACGGCUCAGUGGAAAGACAAUCAGGUUCCAACACAGGUGAAGACUCUGACAACGAGCCUCUGGUGAAAACCGCCAAACCUUCCAGGUCACCGAGGAAGAAGCAAACCCCAGAGAAGAAGAAGAAACCUGCUGUUAGGAAGAAGAAAGAGCCGUCGGACAAGGAUGACAGCUCCGACGAUGACGACGAGCCUUUAAACAAGAUAGCUGAAAAACUUCCCUCAAAGAGGAAGAGAAAAGCCGUCGUGAGGUAUAAAACCAGCGAGGUGCUUAAAUCCCCGAGGAAUGCGGCCAGGAAGAGCGUUAAUUAUGCAGAGACUUCCAGCGAGCACAGCUCUGACGACGACCAGCUGGUCGUGAUGAAGAAGACGACGAACGGUUCACCUAGGAUGAAAGCUGGAAAACAAAAGUCACUCAAAGACGCUUCGUCUUCAGGCAGCGGCUCGGACGAAGACGAUGUUCCUCUGAAGAACCUUGUCUCCAAGAAGAAGCAAACGGCUAAGAAACCCACGAAGAAGAGCAAGAGGCCGCGAGGCAGACCACGGAAAAAGUCCCAAGAAAUCUGCGAUGAUGACGACAGCUCCGAUGACGAAGCUGUGGUGAAUCGCUCAGACAACCGAAGAAAAAGCACAACCAAGACAUCGGCCAGGAAAAGGAAGAACCAAGAUCUUAAAACAUGGAAAGACGUGCCGAGCAGCAUUUCAGACGAAAAGGAUGCAGUUCAAGAAGCUAAAUAUGCAGAAGUGACCAGAUUGGUGAGAAUCGCUCUGCAGAGGUCGGAUGGUGAAGCCAAGGAGUCACCUGGACCCACCAAAGACCCAGCAGAAGGUGAUCAGACUGAAGACAAACCAGAAAACACAGAGAAAUCCUCCGAGGAGGAGUGAGAUCGAGGCUCCCUGAAAACUACAACUAGCCUGGAAGUCCAUCCGUAGAUUUUAUACCUUUUGUUCCACAUUUUAAAGUUUUGGACCAAAUAUUUUUUUUUUUAGGUUCCAGAAAUCUUUAAAUGUCGUCUACUAUUUUAUUUUUUUUCUAUUUGUGCCUGUUUGCCUGGAUUUUUUAGAUGGUUUUUAGUCGUGUUGUGGAUUCACCGCUAUGCAUGCACUUCUACACGUUCGAUUUCAAGCUUCUCGUUUUCUUUUUCAGGAUGAAAUUAGAUCAAAUCGCUUAUUUAAUGUGCCACUGAAUUUAUUAAGCCAACUCCUGAUAAAGAAAGAAAUGGAAAAGUUAGUGUUUUCCCAGGUAAUCGAAUAUAAAAUUUAUGUAAAUCUUAAGCAACAUUUUAGAAACUUUCACUGAAUUAAUGAAUUUCUGUUUGUCUGUAAAUGUCUGCGCUUUUUUGGG